GGGCGUGUCCCCGCAGCGGGAAGCGGGCAGCGGGAGCGGCGGGAAUUCCCGGACGAUGCCCCCCGGCCGCUGAAUUUGGGGACAGCGACAUCGCCGGAGGGACAGAUGGCGACAGCCGGCAAGGGCAGCAAGGGGAAGGGGCCAGCGGUGCGCUUCACCCCCGAGGGGACGCAGGGCCAGCAGCAGGAGGGGACACAGGGCCACGUGCACUUCCAGGAGCAGCUGCACGACUCGGCCGUGAUGGUGACACAGGACAAGGACGGCCACUUCCUGGUCAAGGUGGGAUUCCUGAAGAUCCUGCACAAGUACGAGAUCACCUUCGUGCUGCCCCCCGUGCCCAGCCUGGGCAAGGACAUUUGUCCCCUCCCUGUCCCCAACCCCAACCUGCGCAUCGUCAGUGUCACCUCCCUGCCCGAAGGGCACAGCGUGCGCUGCGAGUACAUGGCGCACAAGGAGGGCGUGCUGAAGGAGGAGCUGCUGCUGGCCGGACACAGUCCCGGCCACAUCAAGGUCACCGUGCAGGCCCGGGUCAUGGACCGUCACCACGGGACGCCGAUGCUUCUGGACGGGGUGCGCUGCAUGGGAGCCGAGCUGGAGUACGACUCAGAGCAGAGCGAGUGGCACGGCUUCGACUGACCCCAGAGCCCACCCCGGGGCACCCCAAAGUCCCCAGAGCACAGCAUGGUCCCCAAAGCGGGCAGAGGGGGGGACCCCGCUCAUUGCUGCUGCUGCUGCUGCUUCGCCCUCACCCCGCAGCCCCGUGUUGGGGGUUUUGGGGGAAUUGUGCCUCUUGGGGUGGGAAUUUUUCCCUCUUUUCUGGGGUGGGGGAGGAAUUUUGCCUGUGGAAUGUGGGGCAGGAGUGGGGAGUCCCCAGUGGCUUCGGGGUUGGGGCUGUGUCCCCCUGCCGUGUCCCCCUGCCAUGUCUUUGUGUUGCUGCCAGCACCUCUUUUUUGGGGUUUUUGUUUGUUUUUUUUUCUCAGAUUUUUUUCCUGUUUUUUUUUCUCUGUUUUCCCAUUUUUUUUCCUCAUGGUACCAGGACCAGGAGCAGUUUCAGGAGGUUUUAUGUGCCUACAAAUAUAUAUAUAUAUAUAUAUA